UAAAAUAAUCUAGAAGCAAUAAUGGGUCAUUAGCAUAUUUAAAAAUUCGUGUUCAGCAUGCACGUCGUGGUGUUGAAGUUUCGCGGUAUGAUCAGACUCUAUCAAAAUGCUCUUGUCCGGCGACCGUAUUUAAUGCAAGCUAUCCAAAGUGGAGCGUUAAUGGGAGCCGGCGACUUAAUAUCACAGACAUUAAUAGAAAAAAAACCAUUAAAGGACCUUGAUUACAAGAGAACAUGUCAGUUUGCAUCUAUAGGCCUUUUUGUCGGUGGUCCAGCACUUCGGGUCUGGUAUGGAGUGCUACAAAAGUACAUAGGGAAACAGGGCAAAGCAGUUGCUCUUAAGAAAGUAUUUGUUGACCAAGCUAUAUUUGCCCCAUCAUUCCUCUUCAUGAUCCUUGCAACGGUGGGCACUAUGCAGGGCAAGAACUGGGACACGGUGCAAACUGAGAUUAAGGCUAACUAUGUUGAUGUGUUAAAGACAAAUUAUUUAAUUUGGCCGUGGGUGCAACUUGUAAAUUUUUAUUAUGUACCACUACAAUAUCAAGUUCUUAUUGUCCAGGGUGUUGCAUUGUUUUGGAAUACAUAUUUGUCUUGGAAGACCAACAGACAACAAUAAGGUAGUCAUG